AUGCCCGAAGCAGACAUGUACGACUCGAUAGAGAUCGAGCUGGACGAUUCCUUAUUUUCUCCUCGACGGAGAGAAACCGGGUUGCCGCGACGUAGUGAAAUACACGUUUCGCAAGGUCGGCUCUGGUGCGACACUUCGAAACGCCAACGAGCAGAACUAUGGAGUCCCGUGUGGUGGAUUGCAUUGAUCUGCCUAGUAAGCUUUGCAUCGCCAGCUGCUGCUGUUCUAUUGGACUUUGAAAAUUGUCUAUCGAAAACCGUCCUCGAGUCCGAUCCUCUACAACUUCAAUUCGUUCCUACCAACGUGUCCGUCACAUUCAACCUUACCAAUCCUCUACACCCGCUCGCUGUCACGGUAUAUGGAAAUGUGUCUGGAACCGUGUCUCGAACCGCAAAUUACCCGGCGCCGGAUUCCCUCGUCUGGAGAGAUCCCGAUUGGACCGAUGGGAAGAUCGAGGAUGUGAGCAGUAGCAACAACAGGUACAGCACGCUGAUGACGGAUUUCAAUGUGCUCAGCUUCAAUCCCUUUCACAACGCCUCUCGUUUCCGUGACUCACUCACGCAAGGUACCCUCCCUUUGGGUCCAGCCUUCGAAUACAACAUGAGCGAUUUGUCGACAUUACACGCUUUCUCUGUUCAACAUGAUAUGCUUUCAACAUACCGUUUCGGAACCAUCGUACCGUUAUUGACGAUUCGCACUGGAGAUGCAUCCGCGGUUCAGCUCGCUUGUAUUUCAGUCAAAGUCACACCGGACCUCGGUACACCUCUCAAAAAUGCCAUCGCUUAUGUGCCUCUUGUCAUUUUGAUACUCGUGGGAAUUGCGACCAUCGCUGCCGCUAUGUAUAGCCCCUGGGGUACAACUGAUUUGUUUCGGUGGACAAGCAACUACGGCCGUGAUGAGGACGUUCUCCGGCUUGUCACUCCUGGGUUUGCGGAUUGCCUGCAGUAUCUUCAAUUCGUGGUCUUGACGGGCUCGCUUUCGUUAGACUAUCCAGGCUUCUUCCAGCCUGCAGUGAGCCAGGGAGCAUGGUCGACUCUCAUGUUCAACCAGAGUUUCAUGAGCACUGAAAUGGGUCGCGAUCCAGUUGUCGAUGGUAUAUAUGCCAUCAAUGGAACUUAUGGCCUCGACCGAUUGAAUCAGCUGGUUGGUAUGGGCUCAUCGCAGGAUAUCUGGCCUGGGAUGAUGAUAUGGGUGCUGGUAAUUUUGGCCUCUGUGACGGUGCUGUUCCAGAUCGCAUUCGCGUUUCGAUGGCUGUAUCGUGAGUUGGCAAACAACACAGAUCAGGAUCUGCGUGCCAGAAACAUGCCGUUUACCAUGGGCAACCUCAUUCGCAUUGUCUUCAAUUUCCUUCUCUUGCCAAUCGUUUCCCUUUCGUUCUUCCAGCUGGUUCUUGCUCGUCAAUCCGCUGCUUAUUGUGUUACUUUGGCCGCCGUGGUACUUGUUAUUCUCGCUUGCUUCUCCAUCUGGGUGAUCCGAGUGAUUAUUUCUACCCGGCCUAAGUCUCACCUUUUCGAUGAUCUUCCUACGGUGUUAUUGUACGGGCCACUAUAUAAUACUUACUGUGACGAUGCAGCAGCCUUUGGUAUCGUUCCGAUUGUCUUAAACAUCGCUCGCGGGAUAGCUAUUGGUGCUUUGCAGCCAUCUGGCAUCGCGCAGGUGGUAAUGUUGGCCAUUUGCGAAGUUGUCUCCGUCCUAACCCUGCUGGCUUUCCGACCUUUCUCAGGACCGACUCAUAUGAACCUGUACCACUGCAUCUUCUCUAUUGUGCGUUUCUUGACUGUCAUCCUGAGCGUCAUCUUUGUCCCGUCAUUGACUGUUUCGGAUUCGGCACGAGGCUGGAUCGGAUAUUUGAUUCUCGUGCUACACGCCGUGGUCCUUGUCUUCGGCUUCUUCCUUAACGCGAUGCAAACAUUGAUUGAGGUUCUGGCAAGACUGGCUGGUGCGGGCGGUGCCACUCGUGGCGGUUUGACUAAGGUGCUUGGCAUGCGCCAGCUCUCCAGGCGCACUCCGCGGCGUGAUCUUACUCGACAAAGUAUGGGAUCGGAGGCUGCUAUGCUCGGCCAUGGUGACGACCGUAUGUCUUCUCAGUUUGAUGGAUCGCGCCCGCGUAGUCUCUCUGGGAGCUCGGGUCUGCUUCUGAACCGUGCUACAGCUAGUGAUGGCAGAGCCAGCGCUGCCUAUGAUUAUGCGAGUUCGCAAGGGGGCACGCAUAGUCGUGCCGCCAGUGGAGGAUUCCCCACACCUACCUCAACCGCCUAUCAAGGAGCCGGUUUCCCGAGCUCGCCUAGCAGCGGUACCAUGAUGGGGAUGAACCCUCGUGAUCCCUAUUAUCGACCGCCCCGUCCGGGACGUAAAAAUCCACUGCUGGAGAAGGGGAAGAGCCCGUCAAUGGGCUUCUUGAAAUCAAAAUCAAGCCGUCGAGCAGUUAAUACGGAGGAUGACUUGGGAGAUGGCACCAUGUCUGGCCGGGCCACACCCAUUCCAGCAUAUCUAGCAGCACCGAAGGACGAUAUGGAGCUCGAUACUCCACGGAAGCCAAAGGAUUAUGCUGUUCGUGAAGUUGAUUUCUACUACGGUGUCCGCGGCCCACCACUGUCCCACAGCGGCACUCGAAAGUUGAAAACUGGCCCAGCCGAUCCCACAGGCCCAGUGUCGUCUGCGACAGGCUGGUUCCGAAGCUUGCUCCAAGGGAAGACUAAGGACAAUGCCAAAGGAUUUGAGGUUGUCCGAAGUGCUCGUGCGCCUCCUCCAGGUCUAUUCCCGCCAGGAGGCGACUAUAAUGAACAAUAUCAGGAUGAUCCGGGCACGCCAACCGCCAGCCACUCUCGGAAUGUGUCUGCUGGAAAUGAUCCCCGUGAGGAUCCAGAUAAUGACCAUGACCCCGAGCGGUCAAGUGAGACACGGCCACCAGUACUGCCACAACUUAAUACUUCGGUUGGCGGUGGCAUUGAAUUGUCCAGUCGAACGGGCUCUCAGUACACGCAAGCGCCCGGCGAACAAGACGCAGGCGGACCUGCGGCUGGCCUUCCAGUUGUGACCGAAACUCUGUCCCAUGAAUCUGAGGUAGGCAAGCACUCUGAUAACUCUGAGCACUAUCUCCAGCCCGCAGGCUCCACCACCGCGCGUCUGCCUUUCAGCGGGAAUAGCUCGCCAUCUCGUGAACGAGGCCUGUCUAUGACCUCUACUUCAAGAUCAAGGUCAAACGCCUCGAGCCAGCAGACGGGCCCUCGAGCGGAACGGCCCUCGAGUAUGGGCUAUGUCCCUCAACAUCGCGCACACGAACAAAUAACUGAAGCGAGCCCCGAUGAGCCGUCGUUUACCGGUAGCUCAGCAGAACUUGUUAAUGAAGCUGCACUGGGCGAGCACGAACGCUAG